GGAGACUUCAGUGGCGCCAACAAACUCUUUAAUACCAGUAUUAUUAGGGGUAAUGGAGGGGACAAUAGGACUCACGGCUCAGUGGCCACUAAUAAUCUCGGUCUACGGCUAAUCGCCAGCACAAUCACAUCGUUCCUCAUUUUAGCGCUUCUACUGUUUAUGAUUCACCGCUUAAGACAACGCAGACUAUUGUUGAUGAUUAGGAGGCUGCAAACGCGUCGCUUAGAGCAAGUGAACGGUCUGUCGGCCGAUAAUAACCCACACAUGGGAUACCUAUCGUCGCAGAACUGUUACGAUCAGUACGACUUCGGCGGUUCAUUCAACGAACCGCCG